GCCUCUGGUGGUUUUCGGGCGACGCUGUUAGUGUGCCAUGGCGCCAGUGAAGCACGCAGCAAGGUGGAAGAAGGGAAGUUAUGGGACGCAGAAUGAAGAAGGUUCCUCGGUCGAAUUCAAAAAUAAAAACGUCAAACAGAGGACAUGGCGACCUAACCAUCGGCAGCCUUUCGUGGGAAGCGUUCGUGAGGGACAAGGCUUUGCAUUUCAAAGAAAAUUGAAGAUUCAGCAAAAUUACAAGAAAUUGCUAUGGAGGGAAAAGAAGGACCAGACUUCACAGGAUUCCCAAUUCAGAGAUCGAUACCCUGAUCAUCUGAAACAUCUCUAUUUAGCUGAAGAGGAAAGACUCAGGAAGCAACUUAGAAAAGUUAACCAGCCUUUGUCAAAACAAGUUAAUCACGCUUUGCCAGCAGAACAGUGGAACAGUGACCAGGCUUUAUCUGAAGAACACUGUAGCAUUGACCAGACACAGCCAGAACAGUGUAAAGAAGAAAGGGUAAACUUCGUUGCAAUUCCAAAGAAAAAUAAAAAGAAAACAUCAAAUCAAAAAGCACAAGAAGAAUAUGAACAGAUACAAGCUAAGCGUGCUGCUAAAAAACAAGAACUUGAGAGGAGAAAGCAAGAGAGAGAAGAAGCUCAAAGACGCUACAAAAAGAAGAAAAUGGAAGUGUUUAAAAUACUGAGCAAAAAAACUAAAAAGGGCCAGCCAAACUUAAAUUUACAGAUGGAGUAUCUUCUUAAAAAAAUACAAGAAAACAGUUAAGUCGGACAUUUUCUUCUCAGUCAAAGGUUAAAAGAUCUAUCGAGUUAUUUUGUAUAUGUAAUAAAUAUACUUCCUAACAAUUCACUGAAUUUGUCAGCAUAAACUGGAUUGCUGUUCUAUACUAGAUAUAAAAUGUCCAAAUAUUUUUCAUAUAAAGGAAAUUUUUCUGUAUGUACUCGAUAUAAUAUGAUUUGUUAUUGCCUGUGAAGGAAGGGUGGCCUGAAUAACUGGAAGAAUCUUCUAUUUGAAUGACAGGUUCAAGCACUCAAUAUUUUUGGUGCCACAUACAGUUCAGAUGAAAUAAAAUGUUUGAAAAAUAAGGGAGCAGAGCUUCCAAUGAAGCAUUACCAUGAAAUUUUUCAAUUUAGUAAUCAACUGUUAACAGUUUCAAAAUUCAUUUUAAUAGUGGAGACAAAGACUCUUCUUGGACGUAAUUAAUUUCUUUAUUUUAAAUUAAGCACAUGUCACAGGGGAAUGGACUUUUUGAAGCCUGAGAGCACAGAACCUAGGUGCUGAAACUACCUUUCGCCCUCACUGUCUAACUGUGGGGUCUUCAUAAAGGAGAGUUUGCUGUAACAACUCAGAAAGCCGGGUAUUUAUAAACAUUUCAAAAGCGGACGUACGUAGUUUUCAGUGUAAGAUAUUGGGAGCCCAGCAUUGUCAGAGCAAGAACUAAGCUUUCCAGAUGCUGUUACUCUGUAAGAACACUGUCACUGGAACGAUCCUGGUGUACUCUCGGUACAAUGGUGAGCCAAGAUGAAGUACUUAAAUAGUGCUCCUGCCUCCCUGCAUCGGCAAAAUGAGAAAGGCUUGACUAUUGUCAUUUUAGACAAUCGAUUGUACAAUGAUGCUUGUAAAAUAUUGCAUAAUGAAGUUUUUAAAAUAAUAGAUACAGUCUAAAAUUACAUUGAGGUUUUAGAGAGUCCUUGCAUUCUGCUGAUCACUCAGCAUUUAAAAGUGCAAGAGGAGGUACUGAGGAACCAACGUACUAAAGAAAGGUAGUUCUGUAUUGCCAAGAAAAGCAAUGCUUAGAAGUUUGCAAUACAUAAUACUGCAUUUAAAAUAAGCAACACAGGAAACCUGCAUUUGGCUAUACCCUUUCGUAUUUUUUCUAAUCUACCGUGCUAUCUCAUUUCUGUGCCUUUGAUUAUGCUUUUCCCACCACCUGGAACACCACCUUCUCCUGCGGUGUCCCUCCCACGCUAGUAACCAAAUUCCUACUGUCAAAACUCAACUCAGGUGUCCCUCCAGGGAGCCCUGCUGGUCUCAACCGCCCUCACCCCCAACCCUAACCUAAGGCUCAUCCCCACUGGUCUCACACACUGCAUGCAUGUAUUUCUCUUCCCACCCAUAUUUCAAUUAAAAUUUCAGUUACUGUGUCUCCCCUUGGAGACAGUAAGCUUUUGGGGAGUAAUGACCGCAUUUUACUCAUAGCGGCAUUCCUAGCAGUGAUCAGAAAACCUGACACACAAGAGGCUAAAACUGCUGUUUCUUACUCAGCACUCUGACCUUUUUACUUGCCUCACUCUAAAUACCUCCCUUCCUUGAAAAGACACUACAUGUCCGUGGGCAGCCCUGCAAUGAAUAAUUUUCUUUAGAGUGGCUGAGGUGUAGGGCUGCUCAACAAACUAAUUUUGUAAACUAUAACACUGUAUUACCUGUAUCAGGAGUUCUUACUUUUUAGUCUCAGAAAUCCUUUAUUAUCUCAUCAGUCAUUGAAGACACCAAAAAAGCUUUUGUUUAUGUGGGUUACAUCUAUUAAUAGUAACUAAAUUAUAAAUUCAAACAAAUUAGAAAACUAUAAAGUCACUUAAAAAUAACAAGCCCGUUACAUGUUAACACCAAUACUUUUGAAGCAAAAAACUUAGUAUGAGUGGCAUUAUUCAGUAUCAGGGUUUCUCAGCCUUGGCACUACCGAAAGCUUGGACCAGGGAGCUCUUUGUCAUGGGCUGUCCUGGAGGGGCAGAUGUUUCGCAGCAUCUCUGGCCUCUGCCCACUGGCUGUUGGUGGCACUCCCUGCUCCCAGUUAGGACAACCAAAAAAUUCCCUGGCGCCUAAGGGGUGGAUGAGGACAACAUCACACUGUUGAAAACCACUGUUUUACAUUUCUUCAAGUCUUUUCAAUGUCUAAAUAGAAGACAGUUCAAUUUUUAUUUUUGCUUCUAUAGUCUGUUGCAAUGUGUUGUUUUGAUUGAAGUAUGUGAAGUACAGCCUUACCCAGGUAUGUAGUUUGAAAAGGGAAAAAUAGCUUUUAAAAAUGUGCAGUUUUCUUUGAUACUACAAUGAAACGACAAAAAAGGUUUUUUUUUAAUUUGAAAAGUGCUUUUCUUUUUUUCACUAUUCAAAUACAAUUGUCUCCA